UUUACAACGCGAACGAACGGAUGAAACAAAAACAAGUUCAAAUCGUUUCAUUUGGUUUCAGUUGCAGUUGGUGAUUGUUGAUCGGCCUAAGAUAAUUAUUUUAGUAGCUUACGCAUUGUUUGUCAUUGAAUUGAAUUUAUUUUAGUUAAGUAUACAGUGAAAAAGAAAGUGAAUCAAAAAAGUUGUGUAUCCUUUGUUUUAAUUUCUAAGUGGGCGUUGUUGCCGUUCCUACAUACAUAUUUCAGUUAACAAGUUCUUAUUUAUUUCUCAUAGUAUAGGAUUUAUUUCUUGAUAACGAAUACAGUGAUAAUAUUUUAGUGCAGGAGUUCAAAAGUUAUGCUUGAACUGCUUGAAAUGAGUGAAUUUGAACGUUAUAUUGUGUCUGACGCAAUAGCGAUUUGGCAACAGCGCACGGAGUCGGACUGAAUUUUAAAUUUACCGAUGUUUUAGUAAAACAAAUCGCAUACCCUACAUCUACGACACAUUUUCAACUUUUUAUGAGGUACUAGGGCCUCCGCGCCCGGUCGCUCAAACCGUCGGGUCGUCGAGCCGUGGGGGGAUCGGCGCGAGCAUACACAACGACAUAUAGCCGCUGCUUGCUCCUGCGCCAACGCUUAGGUGCCGAUUCACUCACCGCUCGCAUAGCCCGAUCAUGUUGAGAGCGGGCGCGAGGCACCCGGAUGCUGACGAGAGCGCGUCCGCGUCCACAGCGUGCGACGACGACAGCCAACUCUACGCUACGCUCAACGAGUACCUGCUGCUUGAGAACAAGUUCCAGCCGAAACUGUGCCUGCCUGAUGACCUAGAGAACGGCGAAGUGACGACUCGAGACCGCGACGGCGCGGCCCACGUGCUGCGCUGCCUCAAGGUGUGGUACGACCUGCCGUGCGAUGUCCUCUUCAACGCUCUCAAUCUGUUUGAUAGGUUCCUAACAAAAAUGAAGGUCCGUCCGUGCCACGUGCCCUGCAUCACGGUGUCCUGCAUGAACAUAGCCAUUGAGCAGCACGCGCACGACUCCAGAACUGAGAGGAAAGUCUCCGUAGAAGAACUGGUGUCAAUCUCGCAAUCUGCUUGUACGGCGGGCGACGUGACGCGCAUGUCGCGGGUGAUAGCGGACAAGCUGUCGCUGGCGGCGGCCGUGCGCGCGGUGACGGCGCUGCACUGGCUGCAGCUGUUCCGCGGCAUCGUGGCGGCCGCGUGCCGCCAGCUGCAGCUCGUGCUGCCGGCUCUACAGGAGAGCGAGCUGGUGAACCAACUGGAGAUCUGCGUGUGCGACGCUCGCUGCGCCAACGCCCGCGCCAGCGAACUGGCGCUCGUCAUACUCUACCGGAAACUAGACGAGCAAGUCCAGGAGUGGACCCGUAAGGUGUCAUCGGAGGGCGGCAGCACUGAACAGGCCUACUAUCUCAACGAGUUUGCUGCUCAGCUGCAGGCGCAUUGCAAUAUGUGCCCGGAGUCGGUGUGGAGCGCGCGACGACGCGCGACGCGCGUGCUGCAGCGCUACGACGCGCGCGGCGCCGCGUGCGCGUGCGCGAGGCAGCGCCUCGUCUGGAGGCUCUCCGAGCGCACGCUCAAGGUGCUCCGGCCCACGGACCGGUUGACGUCGCUGCUGCCCACCAUCGAGGAGCAACACCACGUCCAGGAUCAAUCGCCACCACGGAACAGAUCAGGCAGCGAAAGCAGUGAAAACGAGGAGACAUCUGAUUGGCCGCGCAGUCCUGUGUUGCCAGUCUACUGCGACAACUGAGCUCGAACAAUGGCAGUAUGAACAACUUCAUUUGCCACAAAAUUUGAAAACGCGGCAUAAUAGAUUCCACGGUUGUAGAUUUUAAAAAGUUAAUUUUGUUUUAUAAAUCUGUAACAAAACUACAAAUUCGAUAAAAAGAAUUCUUCAUUUUAAAUUCGUUAAAAACUGGCCAGUAAUGGUCGCAUUUUGUUACUCUUUUCGAAAAUAUUUCUUUACAGAUUAAAAAUGUAGGGCAGCUGUGUUGGCGUAGUAGGUUAAGGUUAGAUGGUCGUGUGUUUGUGUGUGUGAUCCCAAUUUUGAAUCGUCAAAACACCGUGAUCCUAGCGUAGAGCGAAAUGUAUCCGCCAUUUUCUGAAUGAUAGAUCUUUUUUAUUUAACCAAUAAAAAAAAAAUCUGCCAUUUUAUCAUUAUUUCGUUGCGAUUUUGCUUGCAUUUUACUUAUUAUGAAUAAUUCUGUUUUAUUAAUAGUAAUUAUUUAUAGAAAUCUUUAAAAUCCUAAAUUAUUAUAGGUUGCCCCUCAAUGUAGUCUCAAUGUAGAUCAUUCAGGAAAUGAGCAUAGUCUGUGCCAACGCCAGCUACGAGUCGAAAGUGCAAGCUUAGGCUAGUAUGAAAGUUUGGUGCAAUCAAACAAUGGUCGAACCACUUAAAAUAACGGGAGUAUUAUUAUUAAUUUAAAAUAUUAGUUUUCUCGGGUGUGCCCGAGGUGAGUGCGUAAAACUGCUCCAUACUCCCUUGCGUUUUUAGUAAAAGAAAUGAAUUAAUAUAUCCGAGUCCAAGUUGAAUUUAAGCGUUGAAUAUUGUUUCAUAAUGAAAUAUUGGUUUCGUUUUCCCUCCUAAGGACUCAUUUUCAUGCUUUUAAAGCCUAAUAUAAAAAAAACUUACUAUUUUUGAUUACGAAACACGAUCUGCACGAAAAAAAAGUGACGUAAAUAAAAUAUUCACAUGUUAGAAAGCUUCCAUGCCACUAGGUGUAGAAAUUAAUAUUUUUUAUGUUUUCAAUACAUGCGCAGGAGUCGUUUUGCGAAUGCCACCUUGUGACACGCCCCAUUAGUUGUAAACACAAGGGUGCGCCGCCGUUUCUUCCUCCAUUGUCAGUCUAAACGGAGCUUUACUAAAAUAUUGUUAAUUUUUAAGAGAAAGGUUGAAAUCUAGCGAAGGAGCAAACGACCGCGCACCCGUUUAGAUUUCGUACUGUGAUUUUUUACGAGAAAAAACGUUACAAAAAAAAUAUAUUCCAUAUUUCUUAGGUUGUAAGUAAGGAAUGUCCAUCUGAUUUUCGUAAAUUAAUUGUGGCGCGCACUUGCAAAUGUGUGAAGAUAUUACAAUUACUGUAAAUUACAUAAUAUGGUCCGAUUUGCCAUUUUGCCGAUAAAAAAGUUCCCUAUUCAACUUAGAAUGAUAUACAUCACUUAUUGACGUCGAAAAUUAACUUAAAACUAAGUCUACCGCCGACUUGCAAAGCUCAGGUGAAGAAGAUCCACUUUGCAAGUAAAUGUAAUGUCGAAUUCAAACGCAACUGUGCUACUCCUUUACUUUUUUACGUGAGCCGUCAGUGAGGCCUAAAGAUAUUUUAAAAAAUAUAUUUUAGUCUAAGCUAAGGUUUUGCGUAAAAAUGUUUGUAACUUUUUUUUUUACUAAAAUUAGAUGUGCCAAGUGCGAGUGGUCAAUUUAAAAAACAGUUUAGUGAAAAAAAAAUCUAUUCCACCGAAGUUCUUUUACAUAAUGUUAAUAAAUAAGUAUUAUAAUAUUUUUAUUAAUAAAUUAAUAUAUUAUCGAAUUCUUCUGACUAACUCUUUUUUUUAUAGAGUUUGACAUCAAAAUUAUCGCUACUUACAUAAUUAUAAUUAAAAAAAUGUUGGCAUUAUUUUUUCAUUAAUUAUUAUUUCUUAGUGUAAUAGUAAUAUAAUGUUCGAUAUACUUAUUUCUUAAUCGUAUCUAGAUAUUAAUUAAAUAAACAACAAAAAAAAAUACAAAUCUUGAAAAAAACCUAAAAAAAUGAUCUCAGAUACGUACGUCAUAGUAGAAAUGGAGUAGAUAAAAAUAAACUACAAAAAUAUGUUUCCUUCAAUUCUGGAAUAACAUUUUAAAAUGUAACGGCUAUGUAUGUGUGUGUAAUUGAUUUCUCUUUCUGCUUAUGUGUGUGUAGUGUGUGAUAUUGGAAAUUCAACACAUACGCCGAGCGAGAUCUUUUUUCUAUCAAUUUUUCUAAAUAGUGAAAUGUAUGUGUGCAGAUUGUUGUAUGGAGGUUGAAAAAAACCGAAGCUUUUUUGUUUUAAAUGUAUGAUCGCAUCACCGCUGUGUCCGAUCAAUCUUUUAGGCGUUUCGAAAAAAUUUCAUUUUUUCUCCAACACCAAAUAACAUCUAGAUUUAAAUUGAAGCUUGAUGUAUAGAUAACCUCUAUGUAACUAUCAGCCAGUAUGUCUAACGACCUCUGUGAUACUCAACAUAUGGGCGCAUAUUUUUUAAGAUCAAUUUUGUACAAUGCCAUCCUCAUUGAUACUGCUCAAGUACGGGACAUUUCUAUUGGAUUAUUAUAUGAAAUGUACUGUAAAAACUUAAAUAAAUAUGGCUAAUAACAUAUUCAAUUAAUAAUCUUCGUAAAAGUUUCGUAUGCCUUACGGCGGGACAUAGAGAAGCUCAUUCCAAUGUAUUAUACCUAUUAUAUAACCUGUGUUCACGAAAUAAUCUAAUUGAAUUGAAUCUAUUGCGCAAAUGUAUGUGAACAACGAAUGCGUAUGCAGUCUUAAGGUAUGCAGCAAUAUAAAAAUAAAAUGUAUAUAUGCAUUCGCUGAAGCACGAUAAUCGAGUGUCACUUUAAUUGUUAAAAUUUAUUUAUAGUAACAUUUAGUAUUUUUUGUUCUCAUUAAUGUAUAAUAUAACGCUUUGGCUCAACAUUUGUGACGUCACUUGUGCCCACUGUCAUACAAGACCUUAUAUUUUGUUGGUUUUUGACACAUGGAUAAGGUAUCUUAUUGGUCUUGAUGUGGGUUGUGCGUGUGCAUGCAUUACGUUACGUACAAUUUUAUACAAUCUGUGCUGCAUACGCAUUCGGCGACCGGCCUUAAUAUGUUACAGCUCUUGCUAGAACGAGAUCGCAAUAUUUUUGCAAACGAAAUAGAUUAUAAAUUAAUUUGAUUGUUGAAAAUUGUUUCAGCAACUACACUGGCUUGACAAUUCGAUAAUUUUCUUCCAUAUAAUGAUGGUGUUUAUAACAGAAAUGUUAUUGGAAGUGUCAUGUCGGUUAAAUAAAAGAUCUGUCCCGUCUUGCAGUAUUUUAUAAGAUUUAUAAAUCGACAAUUCGGUGUUCAUAAUGUUUAAAAUAGUAACUAAUUUCAUACUUUUUUAUAUUAAUUAGCUGAAUCUAUAGAAAAAACGUGUACCUGUCUAUAAAUAGUAGAAAAUGGAUAUAUUGUCAUUGUAACACCAAAUGGAAUGGGAAAUAUUGUUUUUUUAAACACCCAGUGUUGCCAGUCAAAAUAACACAGCGCCCCCAUUUCUACUCUUUACAGACACUAUAUCGAAUGUGUUAUACAUAUCCAUAAUUUUGAUAUCGAAUUGUCGCAUGCAUUUAAAUAUAGUGUCGUGCCUGUGUCGCGGCGACUCGUGAAUUGUGACGUCAUUACACAUUAACAGUCAAAACUAGAGAUGGGUUAAGUGCCUUAUCACUCGAUUGUAUGACCAUUUUGAAUCCGCCAUAAUUUUUCAUCUCAAGUCAAAACAAGAAAAGAAACGAUGCCGACAAAAUGUGUGAGGUUUGCGGCGAAAUAGUGACGUUGUAUUGUAUUGAAAUGUAUGAGAUGUGGCACAUUGCGCUAAGCAUACGUCACGCAUUAGGUCUGCGUCUGCCUUUAUUUUAAAUGUGUAAUGAAAUGUUCCGAAUACAUGUAUGUAUAAUAGCAUAUUUUGUACUUAUCUAGUUAAAUGUUGUGUGCUUGUUAUUGGUGUGUUAAUUGUUAUGUCGUCAUGAUGGAGCGUCGCGCGUUCUGCGUGUUAAAAUCUGAAAUCUCGAAUCGAUGAGAAUAAAAGUUGGACUCUUA